AUGGGCUGGGAUACAGAUGUCAGUUGUUGUACAAUUUCAUGGGUACGCUCUGGGUAUCACCUUUUACCUCAAAUAAACAGUGUAUUUCUGCUGUUGUGGUUCUUUAACCAUCUGUCUGACUUUGUCGUUCACACAGGAGACAGACGUGGCUAUCGUGGAUCCUCUGGGGAGCCUCAACAACAUGAUGCUGACGAGGCAGAAAGGUCUCUCUCCAGAUCAGAACACCUUAAGAAAAACCAUCUGAGACCCACUGGGAAGAAAUCUCACUGCUGCUCUGACUGUGGGAAACGUUGCAGGUCUUCAUCAGAACUUAAAAUACACCAGCGAGUACACACAGGAGAGAAACCUUAUAGCUGUGAUCAAUGUGGGAGGAGUUAUACUCGGUCAAGCUCCCUGAUAGUACAUCUGAGAACACACACAGGAGAGAAACCUUGUAGCUGUGAUCAAUGUGGGAGGAGUUUUAUUCGGUCAACCUCCCUGAUAGUACAUCUGAGAACACACACAGGAGAGAAACCUUACGACUGCUCUGACUGCAGAAAGACUUUUGUUAAUUUAAUAGAUUUAAAAUCACACCAGAGAACACACACAGGAGAGAAAUCACCAUAUAGUUGUACUCAAUGUGGGAAGAGUUUUACUCGGCCAAACACCCUGAUAGUGCACCAGAGAACACACACAGGAGAGAAAUCACCUUAUAGUUGUACUCAAUGUGGGAAGAGUUUUACUCGGUCAACCUCCCUGAUAGUGCACCAGAGAACACACACAGGAGAGAAACCUUAUAGCUGUACUCAAUGUGGGAAGAGUUUUACUCAGUCAAGCGCGCUGAUAGUACAUCUGAGAACACACACAGGAGUGAAACCUUACGACUGCUCUGACUGUGGAAAGACUUUUGUUAGGUUAAGAAAUUUAAAAAUCACACCAGAGAACACACACAGGAGAGAAAUCACCAUAUAGUUGUACUCAAUGUGGGAAGAGUUUUACUUGGU